UCGUCUACUAUAACCCGUCAUCGGACGGUUUCUCUCAGGCUUCUCAAUUCCUCUCUCGAGCCCAUAUUGCACGGACGGUCUCGAUCGCGAGCACGUUGCGGCCGCUGGAAAUGCGCGGGUCACCUGUUCGACGUAAUUCCUGAGCGAGAAAUAAGCAUCCAAGAACCCGGCGGUCGGCGAAAAAAGAGAGCAAUUCAGGAUCUGCAACACGAUCGCGGGGCUAGCAAUCGAUAUGUGGAAGCGGGUCUCUUCGCUUUCUCCAUUUCUCUUUUCCUCCAAAUCGACCUUCGCUCGCCCGGGUACCUCUCGUCUCCACCUGCUUUCUUGCCAGUCACCGUCUUUGUCUUGAGCAAUUCGUUCUGUUGUCAUGUUCCUUCUUUCCUUCAUUCUCCUCCCUUAAUUUGAAAUUUUAGGCAGGUCAUGGAUGGAGCGCAUGUGGAUCACCUGCUAUUGACUUGCCCUUUUCGGUAAACUAUGCAAGCUCCCUCAGAGAUAAAACCCCUUUCAUCACUUUCGUCUUAGGUGGCCCCGGUAGUGGCAAAGGUACUCAAUGUGAAAAGAUUGCCGAGACAUUUGGGUUCACCCACCUAAGUGCUGGAGAUUUGUUAAGGAAGGAAAUGAAUUCCAACAGUGAAGAACGAACUACCAUCCUCAACAUAAUCCAAGAUGGCAAGAUUGUCCCUUCAGCUGUGACUGUCAAACUGAUUAUGAAAGCCAUGGAAUCUAGUGAUAGCGAUAAGUUCUUGAUUGAUGGUUUCCCACGUACUGAGGAGAACCGAAUCGCAUUUGAACAAAUUAUUGGGCUAGAACCAAAAGCCGUGCUCUUUUUCGAUUGUCCAGAAGAAGAGAUGGUGCAAAGAGUGUUAAACCGUAACCAGGGGCGAGUUGAUGACAACAUAGAUACAAUCAAGAAGCGUCUUAAAGUGUUCGAAACAUUGAGUCUUCCUGUUAUUGACUACUACUCCAAGAAAGGGAAACUGCACAAGAUAAACGCCGUAGGAGAUGCAGAUGAGAUUUUCGAACAAGUUCGUGCUGUUUUUGAAGCGCCAGAGGUGACUAUUUGAUUGUUUACCCUUAUUGUUGACUGGUUCAUCUUUUGGGGGGCUGGAAUGCAAGUGGAUAAACCCAAACCACACAAUCUAGUGGGCAGUGCCAAAGAUUGGCGAGGGACAAAAUUUGAAGGCUGGCUUGGCUGAUGGUAUCCUACAUAUUUCUAGCCUAUGUACAGAAACAAGGGCCAGUGCCCUUUCUUUACAACUCUCUCGCUUGCCUUUCCGUCCCCCGAGUGUAUAACAACGUUGCACGAGGUGCUAACACUUGGACCAAAUUGUUUCACAAUAGAACCCCAAAUUGUUGGUUGGGGCAUUUUCUCGAACACUUUCAGCUCAUAAUGGUGAAAACAAGAUUAUAGUUUGGUUCUUUCCUGCUCUCCGAUUAGAGAGAAAGUCUUUCUGUUUUCCUUUCAUGCUCUGCCUACUUCGAGGAAGUCGACGGAGAUGGUGGUGCUCGUUCAACCGACGCCGAAUCUCUCCCCGCCAUCGAUGGUCCUUCACUACGCGUCCAGCACAAGGAAGAGCAGGAAAUUAAAGCUUACUCGGAAACUAGAGAAGCAAAACCAGCAAGGCAACAGCGGUAUGGCACUCAGCUUCCCGAAAUCAUCGCCGACUCCAAUCCUCAUCGGACGCAAUCCGUUUCCCCGGACUCCCCUUGAAGCUUUGGAUAAAGUUGUCGACGAAAUCGAAGCCUCUGUCCAAAAGGGGAUUAAUAUGGACGCGGAAACCUUCGCUUCGAUUUUAGAGACAUGUUACCGGCUCGAUUCAAUCGAACAUGGGAUCAGGAUUCAUCGGCUUCUACCCUCGGCCCUUCUGCACAAGAACUUCGGAGUCGCCGCCAAAUUGUUGCGGCUGUAUGCCGCGAGUGGGUAUUUGGACGAGGCGCACCAGGUGUUCGAUCAAAUGUCUAGCAGAAAAGACUCUGCUUUUGCCUGGAACUCGCUGAUUGCUGGGUAUGCGGAAUUGGGUCAGUAUGAAGAUGCCAUGGCGCUCUACUUUCAGAUGGAGGAAGAUGGCGUGAAACCAGACCGAUUCACUUUCCCCCGUGUCCUGAAAGCUUGCGCCGGAAUCGGUGUGAUUCAAGUUGGGCAGGCAGUGCACAGAGACCUGGUUCGGUGGGGAUUCGGCGAUGACGGGUUCGUUCUGAAUGCACUGGUGGAUAUGUACGCGAAGUGCGGCGACAUUGAGAAAGCUCGGAGCAUAUUCGACAAGAUUGGUCACAAGGAUUCCAUUUCAUGGAACUCCAUGCUCACUGCCUACAUUCGUCACGGCUUAAUAGCAGAGGCAUUGCGCAUUUUCAGCAGGAUGAUUCACGAAGGCGUUGAACUCGACUCGGUCACCGUAUCAACAAUCCUCGCCAACGCAGCUCCUUUACAUCUCAAACAUGAAAUCCAUGGAUGGAUCAUCAAGCGAGGAAUGCAAUGGGAAUUAUCCAUCGUCAAUUCCUUGAUCGUCGUAUAUGCAAGCAGUGGUUAUCUAACCGAUGCACGCUGGCUGUUCGACAAUAUGCCCGAGAGAGAUCUCGUAUCGUGGAACUCCAUCAUCUCAGCUCACUGCAAGCACCCAGAAUCGCUGGCAUACUUCACAGAGAUGGAGAUGGAUAAUGUCAUGCCGGACAAGGUCACGUUCGUGGCGACCCUAUCGGCCUGUGCUCAUAUGGGUCUGGUGGAGGAAGGGGAGAGGCUGUUUUCUCUAAUGGUGGAGAAGUAUGCGAUGAAACCCAUCAUGGAGCAUUACGCCUGUAUGGUGAACCUCUACGGCAGGGCUGGAUUGAUCGAUACAGCAUACGACUUCGUCAUAGAGACGAUGGAGCUGGAAGCUGGGCCGACUGUGUGGGGGGCUCUGUUGCAUGCUUGUUGUGUGCACAGGAAUGUGGAGGUCGGAGAGGUUGCCGCUCAGUGCCUGUUCGAGCUGGAACCUGAUAACGAGCACAACUUCGAACUUAUGGCUAAGAUCUACAGCGAUGGUGGUCGAGUGGAGGAUGCGGAGAGAGUGAGACGAAUGAUGGUGGAUAGAGGGCUGUAAAAAUGCCUGAGUGUGUAUAUGGCAAGUUAGGCUUAUGUUUUACUGUGGCCAUUUAUUCACAGCAAAUCCACUUCUGCUUCGUCCGUCCCACAAGAAUUCUAGUUCCAUUUUGAGGUCAAAAAGAAUGCACAGUUUAUUGCUUCGUAGUUGAUAGUGUGAUCAUAUACUUGGAUACAUACAUCAAAGUUGGGAACAGAGAACUGAUGACUGCUGGUUUGACAAACUCAAAGUGAUGAACCCCGACACUUCCUAGCUCAUUUCUGACAAGUGGAUAAGAAGGGUCUGGUUGGCCAUAAUUUCCGGGCAACUUUGGUGAUAGUUGGUGCUAGAUGAUGGGUCAUGGGUCAUACUUUGGUACUGGCUGUUAGGUGCUGGCUCUGCUCUGUUCUUUGGUUGGGCCUUUCAAUGCGUGGAAUUCAAUGGCAGAGGGUCCAAAUCCAAACCUAAUCUAGUGGAUGGGUAUGUAAAGAAACAAAAUUCGGUUAAGGUAAAUUCUCGUUGAACCUUGAGAGGGCGAAUUCAAAUCCUACAUAACGACUUAGGAAUAUAGGGUACAAAAUGAUUUUGUUUUGUAUUUCAAAGCGAUAUAAUCUGCAUGCUAUUAGAAUUUUAUCAAUGAUGAAAUUUACCUUAUUGAU